AUGAGUAUUGAACAUCUCAAAGCUACAAACUUACAUCUAGUCACAGCCACAGAUAACAAGCCUGUACAAAGCAAUUUACCCGAAGAAAUAGAAUUAGAAAAAGUAACUCCAAUGUCAAAAGCAAGCAGUUUUGUCGAAGAGAUUGUUGUAAGAGAAGAGGAUAAAGAAAAAGUAAAGCGAAAAGUUUUCGAAUUAAAUGUACUUUCAGAAUCUUUAAAACUACAGUAUACCAAUGCAGACACAAACAAUGAAAAAAGACUACUCAAAAAGGUGGUUAACAAUGAUCUUGUAAAGAAAUAUAGUUUAACUACCAAACUAACAACAACUUUAGGGUUAAAAGGACGAAUUAGAAAUGAUGAUACAGUGAAAGAGGCCAAAGAAAAAGACAAUAUUAAAAAAAUCAAGGAGUUCUUUUUACGCGAUGACGUCAGCCGUGCCACAGCAGGCCGAAACGAAUGCAAAACGCUAAAAAAAAAUAAACAACAGAAACGUUUUCUUUUAGAUUCCAUGAAAAAUCUGCACGCCAAAUAUAAAUCGGAAGGUGGAAAAGACUCUUACACUACAUUUACUCGAUAUAGACCAUUUUACGUAAUAAAUCCUACUCUCAACGAUCGCGAAACCUGUGCUUGUGCUUGA